AUGGCCAAGGCCAUGGCUGCAAAGAGCAAGGCCGCCAAGGCUAAGGUUAAGCACGAAAAGCAGGUGACCCCCAAGAGGAAAGCCAAGGCUGCCAAGGUGGAGCUCGGUGAUGCGGCCGAGGAAGACGAUGAUUCAACGGCACCGAGCGGCUUGGGGUAUGCUCGGGGCACAAUUUCAGCUGCUUUGACCGGGCUUCGCUAUCAGCUCAAAGCUAAAAAAACUACGGACGAAGAGAAACAAAACGCCCAAAAAGUACUCGAGGAGUACGAGGCGGGGGACAUUGCCACCAAGAGAGAGAUAUUGAGCAAGGUCUCACAGUUCGGCGUCCGUCAGUGUAAUUGGGUACACGAUUUGGUCAAGACGACCGUGAAUACCAACAGUGAGCACGAAGAUACCGUCAAGAACUGGACGGCAAUUUUCAAGCUGGAGGGCAUCGAUGAAAGCGGCUUGGAGGAAGACAUGAAGAAGGAUCUGCUGGAAGAGCUGAUGUCCGAAGCCGAAAAGUGGUACGGCUAUGAGAGAUCGACGAAAAUUCACCCCAAGUUCGAGGUGCUCAGCAAGUACUUCUACGUGCACUCGAAAGGCCAGGUGGCCCGCCAGGCCACUAAGACGGGAAGCCAUUGUUCCGGCAUGAAGAACUUGCAGUUGAAGGACAAGAGGUCCCUCGACAUCAUGUUGGGCAAGAGUGCGGCAAGCUCCAGUUCCAAGGAUCCGGCUUUGCAGCCGAGCCAGAGCCAUACCCUGGCAAAAGAUCUUUUGAAGAAGAUCGUGGCCGAGAAGAGAAAGCUGACCCAAAACAACGAGGAGCUGAAGUCUUUGAAGACCAAGAUUUCCACGAAGUACAGCGGGGACAAAACAUGGGAUAAUCGCAAGGACGACGUCGAUCAGGCGAUCGCAGCUCUCGAGGACUUCUUGGGUGUUCUUCGCCAGCACGAGGCCGAGAGUGUGCCGGCGGAUGUUACUUCCGAUUGCACCGAGCUUGUGGCCACCUUUCACACUGUCGUCUACCAGGCUGCCAACCACGACAAAGGCAGCAAGGCCUUGCUCAAGAAAGUCAAUGGCCUGAUGGAGUGA